GCUCGUGAGAGCUCGGGGUGGGAGGCGGCUGCAGGUGCAACGUGGUCAACAAAUUCCUGAAAAGUUGGUUCCUUGUUGGCGGACAUUUUGCCGUCUUUGCCAAGGUACCACAGGAGGCAGUUCCUUAGUUCACCACAAUCGUCAAUAUGGACGCGCCGGCAUUGCUGAAUCUUGAGCGGGUGCAGGCGCUUGAAACCUGGCUGAAAACGACAAAUAUAAAACUGACUCAAGUAAACGCCCAGAGGAAGUAUGGAGGUCCACCUGAGGGGUGGGACGGCCCCACCCCAGGAGCCCACUGUGAGGUCUUCAUCAGCCAGAUCCCCCGGGACACCUACGAGGACCUGCUGAUCCCCCUGUUCAGCUCUGUGGGGCCACUGUGGGAGUUUAGGCUCAUGAUGAACUUCAGCGGGCAGAACCGCGGCUUCGCAUACGCCAAAUACAGCUCAUCAGGUGUAGCUGCUAAGGCAGUCCGCCUGCUGCAUGGUCACGAGCUGGCGCCCGGCAUCCGCCUCAGUGUCUGCCACAGUACAGAGAAGAGACACCUCUGUAUUGAAGGCCUGCCGGUCACCAUCAGGCAGGGACACCUACUGCAGGUGCUGCGUGUGCUGGCGGAGGGGGUGGAGACAGUGUUUCUGAAGACCGGGCCUGGUAUAGAGGGGGUGUCAGCUGUGGUAGGCUUCUCAUCCCACCAUGCUGCUUCCAUGGCCAAGAGGAUCCUGAUGGAAGCACUGAAGGAGCAGUUUGCUGUGACCGUCUCGAUCAAGUGGGAGUCGACAGGGAAGCCGAACUCGGGCAAGCCAUCGCCUCCACGGAAACCUUCAAAGAAGCCUCUAGCGUCCCCCCUGAAGCAGCCACGCCACAUCCUGAUUCCUCCACAGCCCUCAGUCCUGCCUGCUCCUCCGGCCAACCGUCCAUUCAUCCCCCCGGGUUUCUGCAGAGCAGUGGGAGGGCCCACUGGCCCCUACAGCCUCACCCUCCCUGCUAAUCCACCUUCUCCCGUCCCUCCUCCCAGGGGCAUCUAGUGUGUGCAGCGUCCUCAGUGAUGCUCCUGCCCAUGCCAUGUGAGGUGACGGGUCGGCCUCCUCCUACUAUCACUGGAUCACUGUGAUACUGAAGAAAACUUUAAAAACGGAUGAUUCUGAAUGGCGUCCUCCAGUUAAGCAGGCUUCAGGAGGUUUAUACUGCAUGCAUAUCACAGAUUAUGGAAGUUAAAAUGUUAAUGUGCAUGUUAUGUUUUAUAUUUGGAUAAAAUAUUCUGCUGUUCCUGUUCUAAAUGGAUAUGUUGUAUGAACAAAGCAUCAUUAAGUGGGUGAUGAUAUUUUCUGUACAGUGUUAAUGUUAUUCGACCGUUUUAUUCUACUGUGCAGUUUUCUUGAGAGUUUAUUUAGAGAUUUGGAGGUCUCUGAAUCUAAGAGUAAAGGCAUUCAUUUUCCACAGUA